UAGGCUACAGCAGAGGCGUCUGCCACAUAUGGUUACCUUCAAAACUGCGUAAAAAUAAGCUCUUAAUCUAGAACUCAUGGCGAAGCAAAGCUCACUUUUCAGCUUUUUCACCAAGUCCCCGCCGCCGGUCGCCAAGCCGAAGCCGAAGCCGAAUCCCUCUCCUACGGAGGCGGACCUGCCUUCCUCCGUGAAGAAGUCCAACUCCUCUCCGAAGGAACAAGCGAACGAAACUCCGCAGAAACACAAGACCCAGACAGCCAAACAGAAAAGCGCCUCCAAAGCUUCGAGCGGCGGGUUAAAGAAACUUUUUGGCGACAAGGCGUCAGCUGCCAAAGACAGCACCCCAGCAUGCCCCUUCACUGCAGGUGCUCUGGUGUGGGCCAAGCUGGAGGGACACCCCUGGUGGCCGUGCAUGGUGGUACCCCAGCCUCUGACUGGGCAGCAGAUGAGGGGCCAGGGCCGUGAGCAGCGCAUACACGUUCACUUCUUUGACGAACCUCCCACUAGAGGAUGGGUCAGCUCCAAAUAUGUCCGAGAAUACCAAGGCUCGGACAGCAGUGAUGCUAAAACUGGGGGGAUGUUCUUCAGCGGUAAACCUGUAAUCCGCCGUGCUAUGGAGCUUGCCGAUGAAGUGAUGUUUGAAAGCCCUGAGAAGAGAUUGAAGAUGCCUCUCUGCAUGGAUCCAUCUGAUGAUGAAGAGGACGAUGAAGAUGAUGAUGAAAUGGAGCUUGACAACUCAUCAGUGACUGAUGAUGAGCAGGUCAGUGAUGUAGAUGAAAAGAAAACUGAGAGCACGAAGGCAUCCAGAGCCAGUCGGCGUUCAUCCCGAGCAUCGACAGAAAAAGGAAGCAAACCCAAACGUCGGCGCAUCAUCGUAGCUUCGGACAGCGAUGGCUCAGAGGAUGAGUUUAAACCAGAGCAGGCUGCAUCCAGCAGUGAGGAGGAGGAGGAGGAAGAGGCUGUGGCGAGCAGUGAAGAGGAGAGCGUUGAAGAGUCAGAGGCGGAAAGCCCCGUCAAGCCUGUUAAGCGUAAGCGGCCUGCAGACAAGCCUGCAAAAGCUCCUGCCGCUCCCUUUGCUGGACCCAAACGGGCUCAACCAGCAGUAGCUGCAGACACUAAGUCCCGUUUGUCGGCCUUCUCCGCACCCGACACCUUCGAGAGCCAAGCCAGUGGGCCGGGGGCCGCCGGGGCCACAACGGUCUGGGACCACGAGAAACUGGAGUGGCUGCAGGACGGCAGGAGAAAAGACCGUCGGAGGCGGCGGCAGUCCGAGGACGAUUACGAUCCGUCCACCCUUUACGUGCCCGAAGACUUCCAAAACAGAAACACUCCUGGGAUGCGCCGGUGGUGGCAGCUCAAAUCUGAAAUGUUUGACACAGUGAUCUUCUACAAGGUGGGGAAGUUUUAUGAACUCUACCACAUGGACGCUGUGAUCGGAGUCAACGAGCUGGGACUGACGUUCAUGAAGGGCACCUGGGCGCAUUCAGGCUUCCCAGAGAUCGGCUUCGCGCGUUUCUCAGACGUUCUGGUCCAGAAAGGCUACAAGGUGGCUCGAGUGGAGCAGACAGAGACCCCAGAGAUGAUGGAAGCGCGUUGUAAGACUUUGGCGAAGCCCACCAAAUUUGACCGCGUCGUGAAAAGAGAAGUGUGCCGGAUUAUCACGCGCGGAACCCAAACGUACAGCGUCUUAGACGGCGCGCCGUCAGAGAGCCAGAGCAAGUUCCUUCUGAGCUUGAAAGAGAAAGCUGAAGAGGAGAGCUCCGGCCGUUCCCGCAUGUAUGGAGUCUGCUUCGUGGAUACGUCCGUGGGUUACUUCCACGUGGGCCAGUUCCAGGAUGACCGGCACUGCUCUCGCCUGCGCACCCUGAUAGCACACUUCCCCCCAGCCGAGGUCCUCUACGAAAGGGGGAACCCAUCCGCGGAAACGCGCAAAAUACUCAAAGCAUCGCUGUCGUCCGCUCUGCAGGAAGGGCUGAAUGCAGGGACGCAGUUCUGGGAUGCUCAGAAGACGCUGAAAACCCUCUCCGAAGAAGAUUACUUUAAAGAGAGCUCUGGCAAAGAGCAGGGCUCAGGGAACGGUUUUCUUCCUGCUCUCCUGAGAAACAUGACCUCAGAGAGUGAUUCACUGUGCCUCACCCCCAAGGAGGGCUAUGAACUGGCUCUGUCAGCCUUUGGUGGGUGCAUAUUCUACCUGAAGAAGUGUCUGGUGGACCAGGAGUUGUUGUCGAUGGCUAAUUUUGAAGAGUAUGUCCCUGUUGACGUUGAGAUGGAGAAAGCAGUGGGACCGGCCAGCUUCUUCGCUCAGACCCGUCAGAGGAUGGUGCUUGACGGAGUCACUCUGGCAAACUUGGAAAUCUUUCAGAAUGGGUCCGGAGGAACAGAAGGCACGCUGCUGGAGCGUCUGGACACCUGCUCCGCUCCGUUUGGAAAGAGGCUGCUGAAGCAGUGGCUCUGUGCUCCUCUGUGCAACCCGGCGUCCAUCAGAGACAGGCUGGACGCAGUGGAGGACCUGAUGGCCGCUCAGGCCCAGGCCACCGACGCCACGGAGCUGCUCAAGAAGCUCCCCGACCUGGAGCGCCUCCUGAGCAAAAUCCACAGCAUCGGCAUUCUGAAGGGCCAGGAGCACCCCGACAGCAGGGCGGUUCUCUACGAGGAGGUCACCUACAGCAAGCGCAAGAUCGCAGACUUCCUGUCAGCACUGGAAGGGUUUAAAACCAUGCAAGAGAUCAUCUCCUGUUUCGAACCAGUGUUGGGCGAAUUUCGUUCUACUCUGCUUCCUCAGCUUGUCACUCUGAAGGGUGAAAAGAAGGGCCUCUUUCCUGACCUCUCUGGCGAGCUCAAGCGCUGGGAUACAGCUUUCGACCACCAGAAAGCCCGCAGCACCGGCGUCAUCACUCCUAAAGCCGGCUUCGACCCGGAGUACGACCAGGCUCUGACCGAGGUCAAGAACCGCGAACGGGAGCUGAUGGACUACCUGGACAGACAGAAGAAGAGGCUGGGCUGCAAAAGCGUGUCCUACUGGGGCACCGGUCGCAACCGCUACCAGCUGGAGGUUCCCGAGAGCGUCUCCGAGAGGAACAUCCCCGAGGAAUACGAAGUGAAGUCCACAAAGAAAGGCUGGAAGCGUUACGUGACGAAGGAGACCGAGCGGCUGUUUUCAGAGCUGCAAAGCUUUGAGGAGAAGAGGGACGCGGCGCUGAAAGACUGCAUGAGGAGGCUCUUCUACAACUUCGACAAGAAUUACAGCGACUGGAAGACUGGUGUGGAGUGCAUGGCAGUGCUGGAUGUGUUGCUGGCCCUGUCGCGCUACAGCCAGGGCGGAGACGGGCCGAUGGCCCGGCCACAGGUGAUCCUCCCUGAGGACGGCGCGCAGGCGGCGCCCUUCAUCGACAUCACCGGAUCUCGCCACCCGUGCGUCACCAAGACCUUUUUCGGCGACGACUUCAUACCAAAUGACAUCUCCAUCGGCUGCCCUGGCAGCAGUGAGGCUGAUGAGGGGGGGAGUCGGGCCUCCUGUGUUCUGGUGACGGGGCCGAACAUGGGCGGGAAGUCCACCCUCAUGAGACAGUGUGGACUCGUGAUCAUUCUCGCCCAGCUGGGUUGCUACGUUCCAGCCGAGAGCGUCCGCUUCACGCCGGUCGACAGGGUGUUCACACGGCUCGGGGCCUCCGACCGCAUCAUGGCCGGAGAAAGCACGUUCUUCGUGGAGCUGAGCGAGACGGCCAGCAUCCUGCACCACGCCACCCAACACUCUCUUGUGCUCCUGGAUGAAUUAGGUCGGGGCACGGCCACGUACGACGGCACGGCGAUCGCCAGCGCCGUCGUUAAAGAGCUGGCAGAGAAGAUCUGCUGCCGGACCCUCUUCUCCACACAUUACCACUCCCUGGUGGAGGACUACGCAAACAACAGCGCCGUGCGUUUGGGCCACAUGGCGUGCAUGGUGGAGAACGAGUGCGAGGAUCCGAGUCAGGAGACCAUCACGUUCCUCUACAAGUUCAUCUCCGGCGCUUGUCCGAAGAGCUACGGGUUCAACGCCGCUCGGCUGGCCGGCCUGCCCGAGGAGGUCAUCCAGUCAGGACACAGAAAGGCCAGAGAGUUUGAGAAGAACACCAUCAGCCUCCGACUGUUCAAGAAGCUGUGCCAGUUUGCUGAAGAUCCUUCACUGGACGCCACAACCCUCACCUCUCUGGUUCAGAUGCUUAACACUCUGUAAUGUGGAAGCAGACAUCGAUGAUUUAUUUUUUUUGGAGAUGUCGACACUUUGCGGGGGGAGAAAAAAAACACUACUGUUGUGAUCUAAUAAAGUUUAUUUUUAAAAAAUGACAAUGUUUCACCUAGGAAAUUAAACCCUUUUAAUUCACGCUAGCGCCUACAUAACGGUUAUUGAAUACUUCACAAUAUAUUAAGUCUAGAUGUUAUGAUACAUGCAUACAUUUCAGUCUGUAUGAGAACCCACAAUCACCAGUACAC